CGGUUCCGGGUCCCGCCGCCGCCCCGCCCCUGCCCGAGGGGCGUGUCCCCGGCCCGGCCCCGGGGGCGUGUCCGGGGCGUGUCGCGGGCGGGGCUCGGCGGGCCGGUCCCGGCGCGGGCGCUGCGCGGGUUGCUCGGGGCUCGGGCGGCGCGGGGCGCUCGGCGGGGCCGCCGCCGCAUGGCGCGCGGGGCGGCGCGGGCCGGGGCCGGGGCCGCGGGCGGGGGCGGCGGCAGCAGCAGCCCCGUCGCGGCGCCGCCGCCGCAGCAGCAGCAGCAGCGGCAGCGGCAGCGAGCGGCCGUUCCGGGGGCGCGGGGGCGGCGGGGCCGGGCGAUGGCGGCGCUGUAGCCGCGGGGCCGGGGCCGGCGAUGGCGGCGCUGAGGCUGCGGCUGGCCCUGUCCGUGCUGUGGCAGCUGGCGGCGGCCGGGCGCGGGCUGGAGCUGGGGGGGCUGGAGGGGCCGCGGGGGCGGGCGGCGCGGUGCCAGCCCGUGGACAUCCCCAUGUGCCGGGGCAUCGGGUACAACCUGACCCGCAUGCCCAACCUGCUGGGUCACGAGAGCCAGCGCGAAGCCGCCCUGAAGCUGCACGAGUUCGCGCCGCUGGUGGAGUACGGCUGCCACGUCCACCUGCGCUUCUUCCUCUGCUCCCUCUACGCACCCAUGUGCACCGACCAGGUGAGCGCCAGCAUCCCCGCCUGCCGCCCUAUGUGCGAGCAGGCCCGCCACAAGUGCGUCCCCAUCAUGGAGCAGUUCAAUUUCGGCUGGCCCGAGUCGCUCGACUGCAGCAAGCUGCCCACCAAGAACGACCCCAACGCCCUCUGCAUGGAGGCCCCCGAGAACGCCUCGGCUGCCGAGCCCCACAAGGGCCAGGGCAUGCUGCCUGUGGCCCCCCGGCCCUGGCCCCCGGGCACCGCCGAGGGCCGGGGACCCAACGGGCUGGGGGCCUGCGACAACCCCGAGAAGUUCCAGUACGUGGAGAAGAGCCUCUCCUGUGCGCCCAGGUGUUCCCCCGGGGUGGACGUCUACUGGUCCCGGGAGGACAAGGACUUUGCCUUCAUCUGGAUGGCUGUCUGGUCCACCCUCUGCUUUGUCUCCACUGCCUUCACUGUCCUCACCUUCCUGCUCGACCCCCACCGCUUCCAGUACCCUGAGAGGCCCAUCAUCUUCCUCUCCAUGUGCUACAAUGUUUACUCCGUAGCCUUCAUCAUCCGCUCGGUGGCAGGGGCUGAGAACAUCGCCUGUGACCGGGAGAACGGCGAGCUCUACAUCAUCCAGGAGGGGCUGGAGAGCACGGGCUGCACCAUUGUCUUCCUCAUCCUCUACUACUUCGGCAUGGCCAGCUCGCUCUGGUGGGUUGUCCUCACCCUCACCUGGUUCCUGGCUGCCGGGAAGAAGUGGGGACACGAGGCCAUCGAGGCCCACAGCAGCUACUUCCACAUGGCUGCCUGGGGCAUCCCGGCUAUGAAGACCAUCGUCAUCCUCACCAUGCGGAAGGUGGCGGGGGACGAGCUGACGGGGCUGUGCUAUGUGGGGAGCAUGGACAUCAGUGCCCUGACCGGCUUUGUCCUCAUCCCCCUCUCCUGCUACCUGGUCAUCGGCACCUCCUUCAUCCUCACGGGCUUCGUUGCCCUUUUCCACAUCCGGAAGAUCAUGAAGACGGGCGGCACCAACACGGAGAAGCUGGAGAAGCUGAUGGUGAAGAUCGGGGUCUUCUCUAUCCUCUACACCGUCCCGGCCACCUGCGUCAUCGUUUGCUACUUCUACGAGCGGCUGAACGUGGAUUACUGGAACCUCAGGGCCCUGGAGCGCGGCUGCCUGCACCUCCCCGGCCGCCGCGCCGCCAACUGCUCCCUGGAGGCCUCGGUGCCCACCGUGGCCGUCUUUAUGCUAAAGAUUUUCAUGUCGCUGGUGGUGGGCAUCACCAGCGGGGUGUGGGUGUGGAGCUCCAAGACGCUGCAGACCUGGCAGAGCCUGUGCAACAGAAAGCUGGGCGUGAGGACGAGGGGCAAGCCCUGCAGCGGGGUGAGCUGCGGGGGGGUGCACUGCCACUACAAAGCCCCCACGGUCAUGCUGCACAUGACCAAGACGGACCCUUACCUGGACAACCCGACGCACGUCUAGAGCGGGGCCGUCCCCUCCCUGGGGAUGGCGCGCCGGGGGAAGGCGGCCGCACGGGUAAGGGCGAGGGGACGCUGGGGGCGAGGGCAGGAGGGGGCGCGCACACUGGUUUGGGGUGGCGAGGCCCGUGGGACCCCCCCCGGCACUGCUGAACCCUGACAAGUAGCUGCUUUUUCCUAGAGGUUGUUUUGUUGUUGUUGCUGUUGCCAAAUCCAGUCACUCUUCUAACACUUUCUUUGGGGGGGGCAUCGGGGACGGGUGAGGGGAAUAAUCCAGUCAUGUUUAUUUAAUUCUGUAAUUUAUUUUAGAUUUUUUUUUUUUUAAUCAUUAGCUGCGAGGAAUGGAAAAAACAAUAAACCCUGGAUGUGUUAUUUCAA